AUGAACACAGAGGAAAGUGACACAAUAAUGUCAACUCAAAAUGAUAAACAAGAGCAGUCUGAUGAAUCGGAUGAUGAUAGUGAUGAUGAUAGUGAUGAUGAUAUAGAUGAUGAUAGUGAAGUUGAUGAUGAUGAUGAUGGUGAUGAUGAGGAUGAUGAUGAAAAACGAGUUACUGUUGAUGAAAUCAUUUCGAAAGCGGUGAUAAAGAAAAGUAGAAUGUCGCCCGAUAAAUUUAUUGCGAAAAUAAAAGGGAACGAGAAACUUAUAAAAUAUGACCGAGGACGUGACAAAGUAGAAGAAGUUCUACCAACUGAUUCUGACUAUUACACAUUUAAGCAAAACGUCGAACAUGAUUUUCAAGAUUGUGGUGGUGUUGACACUUAUUAG